GUAUUUAGCAGAAAACAGGUAAACGUCCGCACCGCGCGAGCUUCGACUACGAAUACGGCUUCGACUGCUUGAUGACAGGAAGAGUACGGGCUGUUGGAAAGUGCGGCUAGAAAUGAAGAUCCUGGUGGUGUUUGAUUUUGACCACACUGUGGUGGACGAUAACUGUGAUAUCUGGGUCAUCAAGUGUCUUCCGGAGCAGACUCUCCCAGACUCUGUGCAGAGCACAUACAGGAGGGGCCAGUGGACUGAGUACAUGGGCAAAGUGAUGGCCUACAUAGGAGAGCAGGGGGUCGCCCCCGACCGGAUCCGCAGCGUCAUGCAGACCAUUCCCUUCACACCCGGCAUGCUGGAGCUGCUCACAUUCAUAUCAGAGAAUAAAAGCACGGUGGACUGCAUUAUCGUCUCCGACGCCAACACCAUGUUCAUCGAAUGGGUCCUCCAGGGGGCGGGACUCCGGGAAGCUGUGGAUCAGGUGUACUCCAACCCAGCCAGCAUCAGCGAGUCUGGCCGCAUGGAACUGCAGCACCACCACUCGCACGAGUGCGCCAAGUGCCCCGUCAACAUGUGCAAGAAGAAAGUCCUGGAGACAUACCUUUCCGGGAAGGCAGACGGCGGCGAGGUGUACGGGAGGGUGUUUUACGUGGGGGACGGCGGGAACGACCUCUGCCCCGCGUUCUGUCUGAGUGCGCGUGAUGCUGUGAUGCCCAGCAUCACAGCAUUUUUGUUGAUGAUUUUGUUGUGUUUUGGGCUUUAUUUGCUCAUUAUUUAUUGUUUUUGGUUGUCGGGUUUUAUUUUGGAUAUUUAAGAUGUCUUCCAGUUCCAGGGUGAAGUAUUUUGUGCAAAAUGAAAGUUUACUAGUCUUUCAGAGGGCAAACUUGCAUUAUUAUGGGAUUACCAAUAUAUUAGUUGAAAAUGGUCUCAAAUAACUUUUAGGCCAAUUUAUUAUCCAGAAAAUUUUGUGAACAACUAUGUCAUUUUAAAGAAAAAAAAAGAUAGCUAAGUUAGCAUUAAGAAUCAGACCACCCCAUACCUCCAACUAUAUGUUUGUGCCACACACUAUCUUUUAUGUUCUAUAUUCACCUCAUUAUGUUCCCAUCUGAUUACAGGUGGCUAAACCUGGCCAUGUGUUAGCCUCAUGAAAAUAUUUGCAUUUGUGGGAUGUAAGAUAUUUGUGAGUUAAAUGAAUUUGUCUUAUGAUUUAUAUGUCAGUUAUUUGAAAUUUUGGAAAAUCUAGUCAGAAAUCCUGACUAGUUGUUUUGGUCUGAGAGAAGCUUUGGAACCAGCUUUUUGAAAAAUGUGGUUUAUGUAGUCUCCAUGGAUACAUGAUUAAAUAACAACACUCAACUUAUAAAAAAUAUUGAAAAUGCAAUCAAUGUCCGCCUAUUAAUCUUACAAAGUCACUAAAUUAUUUAGUGUAUUGUAACUACUCAAGACCAGAAAAACAGUGUUUUGCUCCAUUGCAUUUUAGUGAUGUAUCAUUUUCAGAAGUCACUUGAAUGUUAACAGUGAAUGUCAAAAUUCAUUAGAAAAAUUAUUCCCAGUUUGAGUCAGUCCAGUUGGGAUUCGUUUCUUUGUCAACAUUUUUUUUUUAAUUACAGAAAAUUAAACUGGUUGUGGUUUAAAAUUUUAUUUCUGGUUGAGAAGAUCUGUUUUGUUUUGUUUUGUAUAAAAAUUUGAAAAAAAAAAUUGUCAGUUGCUGAUCCACUUUUCAGAAAAUGUCUCAAAAACACAUUUGGUCUCCUUGGAUACGUUGCUUGUUAUCAAACUUUAAUACUUGAAAAAUAUAUCUUAGUAUUUGUAUUAUUACUAAAUAUUUUAGUUUAUAUUGAAAUCCAUUACAGCUUACUUUUAUUUUUCUAAGACAUAGGAGACUUGAAUAAUUAGUUAUUUACACAACGCUGUCUUGGUGAGUUUUAUAUUUGCAUCUGUUGUAUUACAGUGAAUCUGAAGAAUCCUCUGAGUGACGAUGGAUGGUCAGGGUUGUCCAUAUUUAUUGCAUUUGGAGUAUUCAAAUGAACAUUCAUCUGAGUUUAUUGCUGGGUUGCGUGCAGCCCUGAUCUUCAGACUGAUUAAAUGAAUUUCAUAACACUACCACUAUGAGUUUUAUUGAUGUGCAUUUCUACUGUUGGCUGCAUGUGGGAGUAAGAAGGUAUUUAUUCAUACCAAAGGAUUCACUGAUGGUGUCAGAGCAGCUUUGUGAUUCUGAAAAAUUGUGGAGCCCAAAGGAAUUUUAAUUUGAUUGAC